AUGACGAUAUCCGGCUUCAAUUUGGCGGACGAACAGGGUCUCAAUGGAUUGAAUUACGUAUUUACCUCUUUCGAUCAGCAACUAAGCAAUUAUCGAGGGAUCGAGAAAAUCAAAAGUGCGAAUCGAUUCUACAUUGUUGCGGUCGGUCUGCUUCCAGAUGCUGCUCAGAAUGUAAAUGAAACUCCAUGGACAAUCGGCGAACUACUACAUACGCUGGCACAAUUUCUUCUUCAGGCCACUCAAUUUGCUACCGACAAAGAAUUUCAAGUGCAAAUUGGUAUGGACUGUGGUAGCGCAUUGUCGUUGGUGGCUGACACUGAUCAGCCACGCUAUGAACUUUGGGGAGAGACUGUGGAACGGGCUCGAAUCCUCAUGCAAAGCGCCAGCCACGGUCGCACUCUCGUGUCUGAAGAGAUCUUUCUCGCCCUUCGACCACGGAAUCUUCAUUUCAGUACAAAAUCCAUGAAGAUGACGUCCUCAAUGGCCUCGUCGUUUUCGUCUGAGUUGCAAUCCAUUGACGGAGGUGGUGAGACGGACAGUGAUAUUGAAUGGAUAACCCCCGGAAACGGCGCUGAUGCACCAGUCCACGUCAGGGUACCAUCCUCG